AUGGGUUAUAUUCAAGACGCACGCGAGAAUCACGUUAAGAAGAAGGUGGAAGAAGCUUUGCGCAGCAAAAUGAAGCAGAAGGCACUGAAGGAGUGUGAUCGUUACACGGCAAAGUAUGCUGAAUGCGCUUCUGGGAAAACCCUGUCAGUUGUGUGGCGCUGUCGCCAACAAGCUAAAGAGUUGAAUGAUUGCCUUCACCAAUUCACCAAUGAUUCUAUUUUGGAGGAAAUGAAGAAAGAAUACAUGUUGAAACAAGCAGAGGGCUCUAAUAGAACCCAGACUGCUUGA